AUGCUCGACUCUACAUUGGCAUGGUCACUUUCUCUCUCUAGAAAAGCAGUUAUUUCUCUCUCUCUCUCUAGAGGCCUGGGGUGGCGAGCCCGGAACGGUCAAAGAGUGGCGAAGCCCCGGAGACUCUUUUGGGAGAAAAGGAAAAGGGCGCAGGGAAUUGUGCGAAUGGAUGCGAAAGGUGAGAGCUUUGAGGUUUGGGGUUGGUUGAUUGGAAUCGAAAUUGAAAACCCUAGAGAGAGGGGUGGCACAUCACAUGGGGAAGGAAUGAUGAUGGAGAUCAUUCAUUUUCUCAUGCCUUCUUUCUCUCUCUCUUUGUGGCUAUGA